AUGAUAAUCUGCCUAGUAUUGUUGCUCUUCAUAUUUGUUUUCUUGACAACAAAUACAUAUGAAGUUGUUAAGAGACACAAGGAGGAGGAAACGUUUUUUGAUCCAAAAACAGCGAGUAGAUUACACUUUCCAAGUAUCAGUGACCCACAAAGUUUAAAUUUAUCUAUUAUUGUUCCUGCAUAUAAUGAAGAAGAAAGAUUACCACCAAUGCUAAAUGAAACAUUUGAAUUCAUGGAAAAGAGAAUAAAAGAGUUUCCGGCAUAUAAGUAUGAAGUUAUAGUUGUUAGUGAUGGAAGUAAGGACAAUACAGUCAAUGUUGCAGAAGAUUUUACCAAGAAAUAUGGAAGUGAUAAAAUAAGAUGCCUUGAAUUGAUUGAAAAUAGAGGAAAAGGUGGAGCAGUACAGUUGGGUGUGCAAAGUUCCCGGGGUGCUACAAUACUAUUUGCAGAUGCAGAUGGUGCAUCUAAAUUUGAAGAUUUAGUUAAACUGGAGAGAGCAUUGAAAGAUAUUAUCAGCUGUGAUCCAGUUACCGAGCCUGAGCUUGUCAGUCAAAAAGUUGCUUUAUCUAUAGGGUCUAGAGCACACUUAGAAAGAGAAUCCUUGGCCACAAGAAGUCUUUUUAGGAAUUUACUUAUGUAUGGUUUCCACUUCUUAGUCUGGUUAUUCACAGUAAGAGGCAUAAAGGAUACUCAGUGUGGGUUUAAGUUGUUUACAAGGAAAUCUGCAAACAUAUGUUUUCAAAGCCUGCAUGUAAAUCGAUGGGCAUUUGAUGUGGAACUAUUGUAUAUCGCACAAAAAUUAAACAUUCCAAUAGCUGAAGUUUCAGUGAGAUGGACAGAGAUUGAAGGAUCUAAAGUAACCCCGGUACUUUCAUGGAUACAGAUGGGCUGUGACUUAGGUCUUAUUUGGCUGAAGUAUAGAAUUGGAGUGUGGAAGGUAAAAUGUAAUAAAAUAAAU